AUGGAGGCUGAGCCGGAGCGGUCGGAGGCGCCGCGGCGGGGGGGUGCCGCCGGGGUACUAAAGAUGGGCCGUCGAGCCCGCCAGGACUUCUUUCCAGAUGAAAAUCUCAGCAGGAAGAAUUCCCUGUCUGCUUCGCUUGGAGAGGAUGAAGACCCUGAGGAAAAGGUUGACCAUGGUCCACCACCUAAACCCCCACGUCGGCAAGGAGGCUGGGCAGAUGAUCCUGUACUGGCACCUACCAAGUCAGGAAGAAAGCAUGCAGAAGAAGUAGAAGACCAUCGUCUCAGACAGCAGAGCCUGGAGGCAUCAGAUGAUGGAGGAGAUAUUCCUGUGAUCCCUGACUUGGAGGAAGUCCAGGAGGAAGAUCUGGCCAUGCAAGUGGCAGCUCCCCCCAGUGUGCAGGUGAACCGAGUGCUGACCUACCAUGACCUGGACAAAGAUCUUAUGAAGUAUGCUGCAUUUCAGACUCUGGAUGGAGAGGUUGACCUGAAGCUUCUCACCAAAGUUUUGGCUCCAGAGCACGAACUACGAGAGGAUGAUGUCAGCUGGGAUUGGGACCAUCUCUUCACAGAGGUGUCCUCAGAACUAGUGACUGAGUGGGACCUGGGACAGUCUGAGAGAGAGGACCACCUCAGUCUGCCCUAGAGCACUGGCACACCAGACAUCUCCUCAUACAUGCAUCCCCUGUAAAUAGUUUAGCACUUUAAUUUUCUAUUCACUUGUUUGUAUUUGAGAAUUUAUUUCAGACAUGAAAAUAAAUAGGACCUUGCUCGGGAGAAGUUUUGGGUAUUUUGUAAUAAAAAAUCUUUGUUCUCAAAAGAGAUUAAGAAUUCUAAACACAAUAAAAUAUUUACUUAUGAACAGUCACUUCCACCUCACUAGCGCCUUUAUAGAUAACUGCAACAGUCGAUCUUUCCU